AUGGAUAAACCCGUUGUAUUAGCCAGAGUUAUUAAAGUUCUUGGACGUACAGGAUCCCAGGGGCAAUGUACCCAGGUCAAAGUUGAAUUUAUAGGGGAUCAAAACCGACAAAUUAUUCGAAAUGUAAAAGGACCUGUUAGAGAAGGAGAUAUCUUAACCUUACUCGAAUCAGAAAGAGAAGCUAGGAGAUUUUUUAUAUUAUAA